GCUGACAAGCCUAGCAAACAAACAUGCAUAUCGGAUGCUGAAGUGAAAUUUAUUGCUUUGUCUAACGCCAAUGAGGAUGUUGGAAAAAAGAGAACUGAGCGAAAGGUUCCAUGGCUGCGAAUUCUUGGCUCUCCUGCAGUUUGGGCAUCAGUGAUAGCAGUAAUCUGCCAUGAAUUCCCACUGAUGACAAUGAUCAUGUUUUUGCCAAGUUACCUUCAUGACGUGCAUCACUACAAGUCAACCAAAAACGGUAUCCUCUCCGCCCUUCCAACCGCUUCACUUUGGCUGUCGAAGCUAGCAAGUAGCUAUGCUAACACAUGGCUGCAAAGGCACACCAUUUGGAGGAGAAGCACGAUUUGUAAG